UGAGUUGACUAUUGGUCACACACAACCUUCACCUCUACAGUGUUUGCAUAUAUACUCUUUUAAGACUGGGUUACUGAGAAUUCUUAUUCUCUCUUGAGUGGGUGGUGGGAAUUUUGGGUUUUCUUUGCAAUUUUUCUCUGUGUGUGUGUGUGAAAAAAUGGUGAAUUUGAAGGAGAACAAUUCCAAGGCGACCACCAUGCCCAAAAAUCUCCAAGGAGGGGUGAAUCGAAUGGGUACCAAAGCGGCUGGACAAAAUCGGAGAGCUUUGAGCGCUAUUAAUGAAAAUCUGGUUCAAGGUCGAUCUUACCCUUGCGUUGUCAAUAACAAGAGGGCGUUGUCUGGUAAGCAUGAGAUUGUUGAAAAGAAGCAGGCUGAUCUAGCGCAUCGACCCAUCACAAGGAGGUUUGCUGCACAAUUGGCUAGCGCUAAAAUAUCUUUAGCUGAGAUAACCAAGAAGGGAUCUGCUGAGUCCAAGUCCAUCAAUGAUGAACCAGUGACAAUGUCUUUGGAGAAAACUAAAACAUUGCAUAGUGGUCCAGAUCCUAUGGAAGAAGUUGAGAUGGAGGACAUAAAAGAAGAGUCUAUUAUGGACAUUGAUGGUUGUGAUGCAGAUAACCCUCGUGAAGCAGUGGAGUAUAUUGAGGAUAUCUAUUCUUUUUACAGAAAAAUUGAGACCAUUAGCCGUGUUUCACCAAAUUAUAUGGAGCAACAGAUGGACAUUAACCCAAAUAUGAGGGCUAUACUAAUUGACUGGCUUAUUGAGGUGCAUGACAAAUUCGAUCUCCUGCAAGAGACAUUGUUUCUUACAAUCAAUCUCAUAGACAGAUUCUUGGCAAAACAAGAAUUGGUGAGAAACAAGCUUCAAUUGGUUGGUCUAGUUGCCAUGCUUUUGGCAUGCAAAUAUGAGGAGGUUUCUGUGCCUAUAGUUUCGGAUAUGGUGCAACUCUCAGACAAGGCAUACACAAGGAGCCAAGUGCUAGAAAUGGAGAAGAUGAUGCUAAACACAUUGCAGUAUAACAUGUCGGUGCCAACUGUGUAUGUUUUUCUGAGAAGAUUUCUGAAGGCAGCUCAAGCAGAUAAAACACUUGAGCUGCUAGUUUUCUUCUUGGUGGAGCUAUCUCUGGUGGAAUAUGAGAUGUUGAAAUUCCCACCAUCUAUGGUGGCUGCUGCUGCUGUCUACACAGCUCAAUGCACUGUCAAUGGCUUCAAAGAAUGGAGCAAGACUUGUGAAUGGCACACAAAGUACUCAGAGGCUCAGCUAUUAGAGUGCUCUACUUUGAUAGUUGGGUUCCACCAGAGGGCUAGGUUAGGGAAACUCACUGGAGUGUAUAGGAAAUACUGCUCAUCAAAAUUCGGCUUUGCUGCGAAAUGUUAUAACCCGGCUUAUUUUCUUCUGGAGAACGAAUUGUGAGCGGCAGGGCCAUGUAUAGCUACUGGCUAUACUUUCAUAAAUGUGGUUGGGAUUUUUAAAAUGAACAUAAGAGCAACUUGGGUUGCAGUUGGCACUGAAGUUGUUUAUUUCUGAGUCAGGCACUUAUCUUUAUGUCAAGUUACUUUACCUUCUCAUUUAUUUUUGGUCAUUUCCCUUUCUCAAGGGGAAAUAUAUUUAGAACAUCUAAGUGUUUUUGGUUCUCAUUGAACAAAAUAUUAUGGAAACUAUGAUACAUUUUGAACCAUUUGAUUCUUAGUAUUUGUUUAUUUUUCUUGAUU